AUGGCCAUCGGCAUUGCACUUCUCGGGGCUGGCAUCUGGGCUAGAGAGCAGCAUCUCCCCGCCAUCGCCGCUUGCCCCGACCUCAGUCUGAAGGCAAUCUACUCUCGCUCCCAAGCGUCCGUCAACACAGUCAUCGCAGCCCAUCAACUAAAAGAUGUCACGGCCUACUUCGACUCCCCCACUACCCGCGGCCACUCCCUCGCCGAUCUGCUCGCCCGCGACGACAUUCACGCCGUGGUGAUCGCCCUGCCGAUCCUGCAGCUCCCGGCCGCCAUCCAGCUGGCCAUCACCGCAGGCAAACAUGUGCUGAGCGAGAAGCCCGUCGGCAAGGAUGUCAUGACCGCUCGCAACUUGAUCGGCUGGUAUGAGCGUCGCUUGCCUCUCUCGCGAUCUGCCCCGGUUCCCGUCUGGUGCGUCGGCGAGAACUUCCGCUUCAUCGACCGCAUCGUCUUUGCCCGCCAGAAACUCCUCGAGCUGGGCGGCGACCUGCAGACCUUUCGCUGUACCGUGCUCUGUAUGAUGGAUCCGAACGACAAGUUUUGCAAAACUGAAUGGCGCUCCAAGCCAGGGUUCCAAGGCGGCUACUUGUUGGAUGCAGGCAUCCACUUCAUCGCCAUGCUGAGAUAUCUCCUCGCCGCGACCGGACAGGAGAUCCAACACGUCGCCGCGUUCACGAGUCUGCAGCAGCCUCAUCUCGCCCCGGUCGAUACCCUCAGCGGCAGUCUGCGCACAGCCAACGGCUGCACGGGCACCCUGCAGCUCUCCUUCGGCACCCCGUGGAAGACCGUCAUCCAGACCGAGGUGGUGACUAGCCGGGGCGCCGUGCUGAUCGAUUUCGCCGAUGUGAUCGUCACGAGCGCCUUAGACGAUGGCUCCCAACAGGCCAAGACGGACAAGUCGUCGUUUGACUUUGGCUUCGGUGUCGAGGACGAAGUCCGCGCCUUCGCCAAGGGAAUCAGCCAGCCUGGCUCCGCCGUCGAUCCGCGGUGCACGCCGCGAGAAGCCCUCAAGGAUCUCGUCAUCCUCCAGAAAUUACUCGAAUCGGGGCAGAAUAAUGGAGAUGGAAGAGCCGUCUGUUGA